UAAUCUUUUCAUUAACACUGAAGACUUGGUGCUGAAGAUAGGUGACUUUGGUUUGGCACGGAUCAUGGAUCCUCAUUAUUCCCAUAAGGGUCAUCUUUCUGAAGGAUUGGUUACCAAAUGGUACAGAUCUCCACGACUUUUACUUUCUCCUAAUAAUUAUACUAAAGCCAUUGACAUGUGGGCUGCAGGCUGUAUCUUUGCUGAAAUGUUGACUGGUAAAACCCUCUUUGCAGGUGCACACGAACUUGAACAGAUGCAGCUCAUCUUAGAAUCUAUUCCUGUUGUGCAUGAGGAAGAUCGUCAGGAGCUUCUCAGUGUGAUUCCAGUUUACAUUAGAAACGACAUGACUGAGCCACACAAACCGCUAACUCAGCUGCUUCCGGGAAUUAGUCGAGAAGCACUGGAUUUCCUGGAACAGAUUCUGACCUUCAGCCCCAUGGACCGGCUAACAGCAGAGGAAGCGCUUUCCCAUCCUUACAUGAGCAUCUACUCUUUUCCAACGGAUGAGCCAAUUUCCAGCCAUCCUUUUCACAUAGAAGAUGAAGUGGAUGAUAUUCUACUUAUGGAUGAAACACACAGUCACAUUUAUAACUGGGAAAGGUAUCAUGAUUGUCAGUUCUCGGAGCAUGACUGGCCUAUUCAUAACAACUUUGAUAUCGAUGAGGUUCAGCUUGACCCAAGAGCUCUCUAA